CUUCACGUUCGUUUCGCCUUUUUCUCUUGCGCAGCACCCACUGCCGCUGCUCCGAUUGGAUUCCGAUCGCUGCUCACGUGUCCAGCCGCCACCGCCGCCGAUUUUGUACAGUGGACAAAACUCACAUUGUGGGUUUAAGUGGACUUGAUAAUCUCGGUUACAAAUUGGUGCCGAUUCCCAAUAUGUCUCAUCAGAAAAGGAGGAACUCUGAAAGUUCCUCUUCAAAGCUGGCAAGGUUGAAGCAGGAGAGAGUAGAAAAUUUAGAUGAACUGAAAAAUGUAGAAGAUGUUAAUACGAAUUCCAGUUUGCUGGAUGUGAUAAAUGAGAAGCCUCAAGAGCAUCGGGUAAUAUUUGUUCUGGAUAAUGCUCCUCUGCACAAGGGUCUUGUGGGGAAGAAGUGGAAGAUUCUUGAUUCAUGGAGAGAUCAACAGUUCCUUCUCAAGCAUAAGAAGAAUCUUAAAGACUUUUGUCCUGAAAAUGUUCGUCAGCCACUCCUUGACAUUUUUGACAGCCGAGUUAAUAAAGCUGGAAAAGUAGGGGCUGUUUAUGUCAAAAUUGACGAUGGAGUACUAUUCGAAAUCAAGCCACAUGCUCGUAUUCCAAGAACAUAUAAUCGCUUUUGUGGACUGAUAUUGGACUUACUCAAGAAGAGAUGCAUUCGUGCUGAAGAUACAAACGAAGUACUUUUUCGUGUCCUCAACGAACCAUUGUCUCAACAUUUGCCCAGAAACUCUCGUAUUAUAGGUGUCUCUAAUGGUUUGGAAAAGUGGUUGACAUGGAGAACUAUGUUUCUGCUACUAGUGAUGAUAAGAAUCUCGUUUUUGUGGUUAGUGCGACGGAUCAUAAGAAAAUUAAUACAUGUACGGAUGACAUGAUAUCAGUUUCACAUUAUCCACUGGUGUCCAUGAGUAGUGUAGGUAUGAUUUGUGAAGCAUUGGAGCAGAAAUGGAUGUCGAACCUCCUUCACAUUGAUCGAAUACACAAUUUACAAUCUACUUUUUAUAUUUCUUUUAUUUUAUUUUACUUUUCUUAUAGACAUGAUGUACAAGUAACAUAUUGCUAUA